AUGCAACAACAGAAAACAGUAGGUGAACGCUUAAUUACUUUGACAUUGGGAGGCCACUGGGGAGAGGAAAGUUUGUCUGCAUGUUGGGCGUUGACCAAGUCAUGGAUUGAUGUUCAAGUUGAUUUGGAGUUAUCUGGUGAAAGUGAAAGAAGUGAAGAUAUUAAUCUGAAUCACUUCUUGGACCUGAAAAUUGGCCACUUCAAUGAGUCUGUAUAUAAAGCUGUAACUCGAGGGUGUAAGGAGCAACAUCGCCAGAUCGAGAUGAGUUUAAUGUUUGGGGAUAUUCCUCGUUUACUUGACCUUAUAUGGUCAUGGAUAUCUCCAUCAGGAGGCGAUGAAGAUAUCUUCAGGCCUCAUGGGGACCCACAGAUGAUCCGUUUUGGGGCACAUUUAGUUCUUGUGCUUCGUCAUUUACUAGCUGAUGAAAUGAAACAUGCUUUCAAGGAGAAGACAAUGACUCUUGGUGAUCUUAUUCUUCACAUGUAUGCUGUGUUUCUUUUUUCAAAACAACAAGAAGAGUUGGUCGGAAUCUAUGCAUCUCAGCUUGCACGCCAUCGUUGGAGUUACGCUUGA